CCUCAAAUCUCAAACUUUUGUCUCUACUCUCUCCUAACAAUCAAUUUCCAUCCUUUAAAAAAACAAUCAAUUUCCAUCAACCUUCCCAUCACUUUUGUAGGACCAUGGAUUCAUAGUUCUACUGUUAUUUCUCCUAUAAAAGAACCCCUUGCAAAACAGAAAUUUAUCACACGCAGACACCAGAUCACUAGACAACACAUCUAACAUUAUCACCAGCUGAGUGGCCAUAUGGCAAGGCCUGGUGAUCUCCCGGUACAGCGAGCAGCUCUCCUCCUUGCAUGCAUGCUUGCUCUGCUCAUGCUGCAGCUGCAGCUGCAGCCCUGCAGAGCGCAGCACCAGCAGCCUCCCUCCCCCGGCUACUACCCCAGCGCCAUGUUCAGGUCGCUGCCCUUCGCCGAGGGCUACCACACCCUGUGGGGCCCGCAGCACCAGACCCUCUCGCCGGACGGCAAGUCCCUGACAUUAUGGAUGGACAGAAGCUCAGGCAGCGGGUUCAAGUCGGCGCGGGCGUACCGGAACGGCUACUUCGGCGCGUCGAUCAAGGUGCAGCCGGGCUACACCGCCGGCGUCAACACGGCGUUCUACCUGUCGAACAGCGAGGAGUACCCGGGGUACCACGACGAGAUCGACAUGGAGCUGCUGGGAACGGUGCCGGGGGAGCCGUACACGCUGCAGACGAACGUCUACGUGCGCGGCAGCGGCGACGGCGCCAUCGUCGGCCGGGAGAUGAGGUUCCACCUCUGGUUCGACCCCGCCGCGGACUUCCACCGCUACGCCAUCAUCUGGAAUCCCGACCAGAUCCUGUUCCUGGUGGACGACGUGCCGAUCAGGCGGUACGAGAGGAAGACGGAAGGUACGUUCCCGGAGCGGGAGAUGUGGGCCUACGGCUCCAUCUGGGACGCCUCCGACUGGGCCACCGACGGCGGCCGCCACCGCGCGGACUACCGGUACCAGCCGUUUGUGUCACGGUUUGCCGACCUCAAGACCGGAGGGUGCGCCGCCGACGCGCAACCGGGCUGCCAGCCCGUGCCGUCGUCGCCGUCUGGGUCGGCGCUCAGCCCGCGGCAGGAGGCCGCCAUGCGGUGGGCGCAGCGGAGCUCCAUGGUGUACUACUACUGCCUGGACUCCUCCAGGGACCACGCGCUGUACCCCGAGUGCUGAAACUGGCAAUGCUGCUGUGUGUUGGACAGAGAAUCCAUCUCUUUGCCUUCUACGGCUGACCGUCCGACUACUUCGCAUGCAUGGCCAUCCAACUCCUGGGCAUACAUGGUCGUCUGGCUACUUUGUCUCAUA